GCCGUCUCCGCUGUCCAAAGUACAACCACCGAACAGGCAAACACAAAACGAAGAGAAACAGAAUCCCUUCUCCAAUCGACCAAUCCAUUUUCUUCCGCUCCCUUCUUCGCUGGCGGCUAGGAUUCCGGCGUCCCAAUCGAAAGUCUCGAGCUCCGCUCGAUCAAGUAAAAGGAAAAACGAAACGGAGCGGAAAAGCGCAAGGCUUUUAAGGAGAAGAAGGAAUGGCAGGAGGAGGAGCAAUUCACCGCUCUCUCCUUCUUUACUCAUUGCUCCAGCUGGUGUUCAUCCUGCUUUCUUCCCUCCCCACAGCCCUAGCCGACGGCGUCUCUUCCGUGGAGGCCAAGCAUCUCCGCGACGAGGUGCGGGAAAUGUUCUAUCACGCAUUUGAUGGAUACAUGAAUAACGCUUUCCCGCUUGACGAAUUGAGACCCCUCUCAUGUCAAGGUGAAGAUACGCUUGGUGGUUAUGCACUCACUCUGAUUGAUUCGUUGGAUACGCUUGCUCUACUUGGGGAUAGAGAGCGGUUCACUUCUUCCGUUGAAUGGAUUGGUAAAAAUCUACAGUUUGAUAUAAAUAAGACAGUAUCUGUUUUCGAGACCAGCAUCCGGGUUCUUGGAGGUUUACUUUCUGCCCAUCUUAUAGCAAGUGAUUACGCCACGGGUAUGAGAAUUCCUUCAUAUGAUAAUCAAUUGCUCAACCUAGCUGAGGAUUUAGCUAGGAGAAUGUUACCUGCAUUUGACACUCCAACAGGAAUUCCGUUUGGCUCUGUCAAUCUACUGUAUGGCGUUGACGAACAUGAAAGCAAGAUAACAUCAACUGCUGGUGGAGGGACUUUGACAUUAGAAUUCGGGGUGCUAAGUCGCUUGACAAACGAUCCAAUUUUUGAGCAAGUUACCAAAAAUGCUGUUCGUGGGUUAUGGGCACGUCGGUCAAGGUUGAACUUAGUUGGUGCUCAUAUAAACGUUUUUACCGGUGAAUGGACACAAAAGGAUGCUGGAAUUGGAACUAGCAUUGAUUCCUUCUAUGAAUAUCUCUUGAAGGCUUAUCUACUAUUUGGCGAUGAGGAGUAUUUGUUCAUUUUCCAAGAAGCAUAUGCUGCUGCUAUGCAAUAUCUGUAUAAUGAUCCUUGGUAUGUGGAGGUAAAUAUGGAUUCUGCUGCGAUUGUCUGGCCUUUGUUUAACAGCUUGCAGGCAUUCUGGCCAGGCCUUCAGGUGUUAGCAGGAGAUAUUGAUCCAGCUGUCCGGACACAUGCUGCAUUUUUUAGUGUCUGGAAAAGAUAUGGUUUCACUCCUGAAGGUUUUAAUCUAGCAACUCUGAAUGUUCAGAGCGGGCAGAAGAGCUAUCCAUUGCGGCCAGAGUUGAUAGAAAGUACAUACUGGCUCUUCAAAGCUACCAGAGAUCCCAGAUAUCUUGAUGUGGGAAGGGACAUGAUUGCUAGUCUGCAGUAUGGGGCUAGGUGCCCUUGUGGAUAUUGUCAUAUUACAGAUGUGGAGUCGCACCAGAUAGAGGAUCACAUGGAGAGCUUCUUCUUAGCCGAAACAGUCAAGUAUCUCUGGCUUCUUUUCGACUUGGCUUCUGGUCCAGACAACCUUGUUGAAAAUGGGCCUUAUAAGUACAUCUUUAGCACGGAAGGCCACUUAUUGCCCGCAACCCCACAAAUAUCCCUAGCGAGGGAGCAUUGUUCCUAUUUUGGUGCAUACUGUAAAAAAAGCAGUGAUACCAAACAAGAAAGUUGUAGUAAAUCUGAAGCAUCAAUGAAUUUCCAAGAAGCAGCUAAUGCCAGUAGUACAUCAUCCUACGGUAGCUGGGUUCACAGAGGAUAUUCGUCAUCAGAUUCCUCUUUUCUUGAGUCGAUUAAUCCUUCAGGUUUGAUAAAGGGAGUUUGCCCUGGACUAAGUCACGGGCAGAGGUAUGGCAUCUCAUACGUAGCAUCAACCGAAACGAUUCACACUCAGAGCAGCAGUCCUUCACCGGAAGACAAAAGAGAGAAUAAUGCUGCUGAGAACCCUCCUCUUGUUCUGGUUUCUGAUAUCCGUGCUAUUAAUGCCAUGACUUUCGGGGGUAAUGAUCAUCAUGAUCAGAAAUCAAGCCGGGAGGAGUUAGAAUGAACAGUCUUUUUUCACGAACGCCAAAGGUCCUGAAAGGGCGGUGUUCACAGCAUUGUCCCCUGCUUGCCAGUUUCGGUGGAGAGAAACUAGAGAUUGUCAUCAUACCUUUACACACCCGCUUGCUUUUCGCCCAAGGAAAAGAAACGGGGUGCUGUAAAGAGUGCCUAUCGAGCAAAUUUACAGGUGAUUGAAGGAUUCUUUGAGGCCAGGGAAGAAGUUCGACGCCCCCCCGAAACAGGAAUACAACACUUUGCUCAUUACUUUGUCAUUGAGGUUGAGGGACAGCAGAGGAGAAUGAGGGGAGCAACUUUCUUGCUGAGCAUUAGUCAUGGAUGAAGGCUGUACCAUUUUUGUACAUUAAAUGGUGAAACAGUAGUCGAAUUGUAUUUAGCCGGUUAGUGGUGAACUGUUUAUUAUCUUAGCGUAGCCACCACACUCGGCAAAUGAAAGAAAGAAUGCUGUACAAUUGGUAGGCGUGAGAAAUGGGGAAAAUGUAAACUGCAUUAGAGACCCAAAUAAGUGAACUUCUGUUCCUCCCUGAAAAAAUUUGGC